GAUAAGUCUUGGCGUGUCCGCUAUAUGGUCGCAAAUCAGUUAUAUGAACUUUGUGAAGCUGUGGGGCCUGAACCUACCAGGAUGGAUUUGGUUCCUGCAUAUGUGUGCUUACUUCAAGAUAAUGAAGCUGAAGUACGUAUAGCAGCUGCUGGCAAAGUCACCAAGUUUUGCCAGAUUCUUAAUCUCGAACUUGCUAUUCAGCACAUUCUUCCCUGUGUAAAGGAAUUGUCGUCAGAUUCUUCUCAGCAUGUUCGCUCUGCUUUGGCUUCAGUUAUAAUGGGAAUGGCUCCUAUCUUAGGAAAGGAUGCAACAAUUGAGCAGCUUCUGCCAAUAUUCCUUUCCCUUCUGAAAGAUGAAUUUCCUGAUGUACGCCUCAACAUUAUAAGGAAACUUGAUCAAGUCAAUCAGACACAAGACCCAGAAAUCGCCGAAAACAUAGAUACAGUAGUUGCUCCUCCGAGGAAGAACGUUGGCGUUGUUGAACCAGUCGAUCCGUGGGCUUUUCUGGAUGAAAUCGAAGCUCCCAUGUGGGUAGAUCUCGAUCUAGAAGCCACGUCAGGAUACAAAGACAAGUGA